AACUCCUCUCUCUCUCUCCGCCUCCCUCUCCGACGAUCGAUCCUCCGCUUUCCGAUCAAAAUCUCCUUGCCGUCACCGCCGCCAUUUCAGCCUUCGAUUUCACCUCAAUGGAGCAGUGCGCUGACGAUCUCGCCGACGACCUGGACAGCAUAAGCUUCAACUCCACGACGACGACGGCGACCACCGCCGUCGGGACGAAGAGGAGCACGAGCUCCGGCUCCGAAUCUACGACGACGCGGACGGCGUCGAGCCUUCUCUCCUCCUCCUCCUCCCUAUCGAAGCCCCACGCGCCGUCGUGCGACCCGUGCUGGGACGCGAUCCGGCGCGUGAGCAAGUCGGAGUCCGGCGGCGAGCUCGCACUCGGUUUUGGUGACCUCCGUUUCGUGCACCGCCUCGGGAGCGGCGACAUCGGCAGCGUGUACCUGGUGGAGCUCAGGGGCGGAAGCAAUGGCUGUUUGUUCGCCGCGAAAGUGAUGGACAAGAAAGAGCUCGCGAGCAGGAACAAGGAGAGUAGGGCGAGGAUAGAGAGGGAAAUUCUCGAGAUGCUGGACCACCCGUUCUUGCCGACGCUCUACGCCGCCAUCGAAUCGGCGCGGUGGUCGUGCCUCCUCACCGAGUUCUGCCCCGGCGGCGACCUCCACGUGCUCCGCCAGCGCCGACAGGAGAAACGUUUCGACGAAUCCGCCGUCCGGUUCUACGCGUCAGAGGUAAUCGUAGCGCUGGAAUAUCUCCACAUCAUGGGCAUAAUCUACCGCGACCUGAAACCAGAGAAUGUCCUCGUCCGAUCCGACGGUCACAUCAUGCUCACCGACUUCGACCUCUCCUUAAAAUCCGACGGCUCCGCUUCAACGGCCCACCUCGCCUCCAACCACGACCCGCCCGUCAUCGCACCCAACCCCGACUACUACCCGAUCGACCAACCCCCAUUCGCCACGUCAUCAUGCAUAAUUCCGAACUGCAUCGUCCCGGCAGUUUCGUGCUUCCGUCCCAGACGCCGCCGCAAGAAGAAGCUCUACUCCGGCCACGGCGGCCCUCCGGAGAUCGUUGCCGAGCCGAUGGACGUUCGGUCGAUGUCGUUCGUCGGAACGCACGAGUAUUUGGCUCCGGAGAUCGUCUCCGGCGAGGGCCACGGCAGCGCAGUCGACUGGUGGACCCUCGGGAUCUUUAUCUUCGAGCUUUUCUACGGUGUGACGCCGUUUAAGGGGUUCGAUCACGAGCUCACGCUGGCGAACAUCGUGGCCCGGGCGUUGGAGUUCCCUAAGGAGCCGAGCAUCCCAAGCCCGGCGAAGGACCUGAUAUCGCAGCUACUAGUGAAGGACCCCACCAGGAGAAUGGGGUCCACCAUGGGAGCUACCGCCAUCAAGCACCACCCCUUCUUUAACGGCGUUAAUUGGGCAUUGUUGCGGUGUGCUUCGCCGCCGUUUGUUCCCCGGCCGGUGAAUUACUCCGAUUUUGUACAAGCCGAUCUCCAAGGAACUGAUAACUCAAUAGAGUAUUAUUAGUUUAAGUUACAUAAAUAAAAAAAGGAGAAAAAGAAAAGAGAAGGUUCAUGGAUGGAUUAUA